AUGUCUAGUCAACAUCCAACAAGUACUGCUUCCAUUCGUGCAAUUCCUUCACGUCGUAAAUGGUUUAUUGAUUUACAAAUUCGUAGAAAUGAACGUUUACCAAAUACACCUAAUGAAAAUAGUUCAACAACGAUGUCAGCUACAAACAAUAAUAAACUUCUAGUAUCACCUAUUGGUUACAGCGAUCAGCGAGUGGCAGAUUUAUUAAUUCAAGAAGAUGAUGAACGUUUAUUAGCAAAACGUUCAUGGGAUAUUGCAUUACAACCAAUAAAACAAUUGCCAAUGAAUGUUAUUUUCGCAUGGAUGGCUGGCAAUACAUUUUCACUUAUGUCAAUUAUGAUUGUUGUUAUGUUAUUUAUGAAGCCUAUACAAGCUAUAUUUUCACUUAGCUCAGCAUUUUCAUCAUUGCAACAAGAAGGUUUAGUUGGAAAUAUCUGGUUACAUAAAAUAAUGUAUUUCUUAGGUAAUCUCACACAUUUAGCAUUAGCUUUAUAUAAAUGUCAAUCGAUGGGUUUAUUGCCAACAUAUAAUUCUGAUUGGAUUGCAUUUGCUGGCCAACAAACUCGAAUGGAAAUGUCACUUGGAGGAAUCUCGUAUUCUUAA